AUGGGCGACUUAGAACUCAUGGUGGAGAACAUACUGGACAACACUCUCGGCACGACAACCUAUUUGAUGUUGUUUCUAUUCCGAUUCAGCAAAAUGAUUAAGCACGUGAUUGCCACGAUGAAACGAGAGCUCGCGGAGGACGAUUUUCGGAAUAACGAGGAGAAACAACUGUAUUUGACUUAUAAUAUCAUCUCUGACAAUUUUGGGAGAUAUGCAGUGAGGACGACUGCUGUUAUAGUGGUGAUGUGGUACUCCACUCCUAUGUUGAAAUUGCUGAAAGGCACAGGAAAUGGAACAGGAAUGUACCGAUUACCGUUUCGAAUUCACUCUUUUUUUGACUACGAAGACAAUUUUAAGUACUACAUGCUGUUGUACGCGUAUGAGCUGCCUAUAAUGUGUAUAGGGAUAUUUCAUAUAACUAGUAUUAGUCUGCUGCUUAGUUUGGUGUUACAUGUUUGCGGUAAAUUUUCGAUUUUGUCGUAUCGUAUACAGAACAUUGUAGAGGAUUCGGAGAAUGGAUAUCAGUCGAAAGUUAAGGAGUUAGUGGAGAGACAUGUGGAGUUAAUAAUGACAGCAAAUGCUCUCAAUUCUGCGCUCCAACUCAUCCUCGCGUUGGAACUUCUACAAACAAGCGUUAGAAUGGCUGUCUUGAUGUACACGAUUCUUCUGCUACCUAGUGACGAUCUCGUGGAUAUUUUUACGUACGGUCUUUACGUUAUGAUAGUCACCUUGAUGCUGUAUCUGUACUCCUACAUAGGUGAACAAUUACAGUACGAGUCCACAAAAGUGAACGACGCUUACUACGACGCUAACUGGCUCAAAUUGUCGACUCGCGAUCAAAAGUUGCUACUAUAUUGCAUGUGCAAUGGACGUAGAACACUGAGUCUUACUGCUGGAAAAUUUUACUCGUUCUCAUUGUUCGGUUUUAUCAAAUACAUGGGUCAUCGAAGCUCUUCUAAAAGUCCGACUAUUCCAACUUCUUCACAAGAAAUAUAUCAGCCAUUACCUCUGAAUUACCUGAACCAUUACUCCACUAAACUGAGAACUAUCGAGAGAUCACUAUUAAUUAUUACAACAAGAAAAGUCGUCGACUCGAAUGAUUCUAGCAACAAAGUUUGCUUGUACACCGUCGAUCACGGUAAGAAAAAACGUCAGAAGAAAGCGUUCGGUCACUAA